AGAACCUAGAAAGAUUGUAUUGAAGAAAGGAUCAACAGGGUUAGGAUUUAAUAUUGUGGGAGGGGAGGAUGGAGAGGGGAUUUUUGUGUCCUUCAUCUUGGCUGGAGGCCCGGCUGAUCUGUCUGGAGAGUUGCGGCGAGGGGAUCAGAUUAUCUCU